GAACCUCCUAAAACUUUAUAUAAUCCACAACUGUCUCUCUGUCUCUCUCUGUCUUUCUCUGAUAAAUUCUUUGAGCAAAGCAAACUGACAGGGUACGCUAAGAAUCGCCAAGAUGAGCCGACAUCCUACAGUGAAAUGGGCCCAGAGGUCAGAUGUAGUCUUCAUAACUAUUGACCUUCCUGAUGCACAGGAUGUGAAGCUUAAACUGGAGCCUGAAGGAAAAUUUUUCUUCUCUGCUACUAGUGGAGUGGAUAAGAUUCCCUAUGAAGUUGAUAUUGAUCUGCGUGACAAAGUUGAUGUUGCUGAAAGCAAGGCUAGUGUUGGCAAGAGAAAUAUCUGUUACCUUGUGAAAAAGGCUGAGAACAAGUGGUGGAGCAGAUUGCUGAAACAGGAAGGGAAACCUCCUGUGUUUUUGAAAGUUGAUUGGGAUAAAUGGGUUGAUGAAGAUGAGGAGGAUCAGGACAGCAAGCUUGCACCUGAUAUGGACUAUGGCGACUUCGACUUUUCAAAGCUGAACAUGGGUGGUGGUGAAGGCUUUGGCGCAGCUGAAUGUGAGGAUGAUGAUGACAGUGAUACGGAAGAGGAAAAUGUGGAAGAAGUACCACCUUCGAAGGAAGACGCCUCUUCAGCUGGUGCUCAACCUGAAGUAAAAAAAGAUUAGAGCCGUAUUUUGGGCCAUGCUCGUAUCUAGAUUGGGUUUUUAAAUGUUUUUACGACAAAUAUUUUGAAAUGUUUUAACUUGUUGAGCCUCUGUUUAUUAUGAGACUUUUAGAUUGUGAGAGUUGGAUGGUUGUCUCUAUCAAAUAUAGAUAGUGAAAUUAUAAUCUGGCUGGUAUUACAGUCUAAAUUAUAUCUUAUAUAGCUUAGAUCUUGUAGCUCUUUGCAGUCUAAAUAUAUGGGCAAUGGUCUUAUAUUGCUUAGAUCU